AUGCCGCAAACGGAGAUUGUGCCGUACUCAGGCCGUCGCGACGGCAGCGACAUGCUCAUCACGGACUUCAUACGUGCUGUCCGGAAACAUAUUGCCCACCAUCAGUACGCCACAACCGCAGACCAGAUCGACGUGGUGAACCUGUACCUCAAGCCAGACAGCCCAGCGGAGGAACACAUGCUUGCGUUGCUGGCAAACUCGCCGGCGCGGGCAUCGCUGGACGCGUACCUGGCGGAGCUGAAGGCUAAUUUUCCAGGUGUCCAGGCCAUGAAGCGCUCAAAAGGGGAGCUGGAGGCCGAGCUUCUCCGCUCAAAGAUCACGCUGGCUGAGCUGGCAGAAGGCACGGUCACUCGAGGCGGAGUGCGGCUGUCGGUCCAGGAUGAUUACGCAAACCGGGUGGAGGACCUGGCCAUCGAGGCAAAAGUUCAGGGCCAGAUCGGCGGCUUCCAUCUGUGGCUGGAGAAUCAGCCCGCCGUGCUUCAGGCUGCACUCACGCCAGCCCCAGCCACGUGGACGGAUGUUGCGGCCGCAAUCAGAGGCGUACCGGCCAGCGAAGUCAAUCGGGCGACAGACGCCCACCGCGCCAACGCCGCGUUGCAGCAGCAGGUAGACCAGCUCUCGCGUUCCAUGCAGACAAUGCGCAUUGCCCCGGUUGCCCCGCGCACCCAGACGACGUUCCCGGCGGCAUCACGUCCCAGCGCAAACCCUCCGGCAUCCAUUGCACCGAACAUCCAAGCCCAGAGAGGUACUCCACCGACCGCCACACAGAACCCGAGGCCGGACCUCCCUCAGUUCGGACGAGACUACGUCCCCACUCAAGAUGAGCUUACACACAUCCGCGCCGCCAGGGAACUGGUAGUUUCCAUUGCCCAGCCAGACACGGAGCAAGGACGCGCCACAUACGCGCAGCAGAAGGCGCAAUGGCUGCAUGACACGCAAAACGAGCGAGCGACGGGGACCCUUCGUCUAUGGGAGAAAGGCCAUCCGCUCUCCCCUGGGACGCUGAUACCGGGAAGCCGCGAGUGUUGGCAAUGUGGGAUGGCACGCCAUGACGGGGACUGCACCGCCCCCACCACCGGCGAAUGCCCCACCGGCCGCACCCGUGAAUGCGAUUCACUGGUACCAGAUCGGAGCGCCGGCGCCAGAGGAUUUUCAAGCCGGGCAGGCGUAAUAGGCGAUACGUCGGCCCAAACCAUCGACCGUUUGGACGUGUCGGUGGACUUCCAGUGUAGCAGUGUCGAACAGGAUGUAUUCGAAAACCAAUCAGAUCUUGAACUUGUCGACCUCUACACUGCGGAUGAGCCUGGGAACUCCCACCCCCUUUUCAAACACGCGGGGGUCUAUCUUGAAGGACAAAACGGCAAGAAGAUUCGCGGCAUGGCUUUGUUCGACGGCGCUGCGGGUGCUGGCAUACUCGACAGCGUAUGGUUUGGGCAACGGAGGCGAAGACUGGGCGAGUCGAGCAUAUCCAAGCCACAGAAACGGCUGCGGAUGGCGAAUGGAGGGGUUGUAACGUCGGAUGCCCAUUGGCAGGGGAUGAUCAACGUCGGUGGAAUCCGGGUGCAGGGCGACUUCGAGGUGAUGGACUCUGGAGGCGCUUGGGACAUCCUACUCGGCAAGCCAAUCUUGCGGUUGCUGAAUGCCGUGCAGGACUUUGCGCAGGACACAGUGCGGAUCUCAGGCGAGAAGGGAGCGGUCCUGCUCGAGAAUGGUGGAACGAUGGCAAAGCUGCACAGGGACACCAGAGCAACAGGGACGAGGAUCUGGCGGAAGCCGGGGCGGGAAGCCUCUGUGGGGGACGCAUUGUCCGCAAUCUCCCCCCCGAGGCGAGUACCUUUCCCAGAACUGUACAAGCAAAAUGAUACAGCUUGGGCAGAAAUAGCAGAAGUACGCACCGUGGAACAUGGACCAGACAUUGUGGCCACGCGAGUGACCCUCCCGGGGGAUGUGUUGUCCGCAACCUCCCCCCCGAGGCGAGUAGAGGAUGCUGUCUGCCAACCUCUGGGAAACACUGACGACGUUGCGAGGGGCAAGAGCAAGACCGGGAUCCGAUGGGACAUACACGAGGAGAAAGAUGAAGACGAGCCGCUGACUGACGAUGAGUUGCUGAGUGUGGACACGACAGAAAAGGGGGACCCACCUGAGCCGACGGUGGCGACAUGUGUUGCCCCAAUGGGGGCUGAGUUGUGCGCAGCCGCCCCCGCGAGGGGAGUACUGGCGGCUGAGACACUGGAACGUCUACACACUGACCAAACCCCCGAAGGUGUUACACCCGAAGUGCCCAUACCACAGAACACGCAUGCCCAUGAGAAAGAGACUGGAAGUGUAGAGGAAUUGCCCACGGCAGUGCGUGUGGCCGCACCGGGGGACGCAUUGUCCGCAAUCUCCCCCGCGAGGCGAGUCCUCCUAUACAUCUUCCCGAGAUGGUGGGUUGCUAACACCGCCAUCUACGGUCCCGAGCCUGCUGCCGAAGCUGCCACCAACGUGAUAGACGCCCCGGAGACAAAUGCUGCUGAGCCAGGCGUGCCAGCCUACGAGGGGGUUGAAUCAUAG